AUGGCUCUGGCAAAGGUACCGGGGACCUGCCUGCUCACCAUUCGUGUCCUGCAGGCCCGUGGCCUGCCCUCCAAGGACCUGGUGACCCCCUCUGACUGCUAUGUGACUCUGUGGCUGCCCACGGCCUGCAGCCACAGGCUGCAGACACGCACCGUUAAGAACAGCAGAAGCCCCAUCUGGAAUCAGAGCUUUCGCUUCCGAAUUCACAGCCAGCUCAAGAACGUUGUACAACUCCAAGUCUUCGACCAGGACUUUUUGACCAGCGAUGACCCUGUGUUGUCGGUGCUAUUUGACGUGGGGACUUUGCGGGCUGGAGAAUUCCGCCGCGAAAUCUUCCCCCGGAACCCUCAGGGCAAGGAGCAGCUGGAAGUUGAAUUUCGGCUGCAGAGUCUGGCAGACUGUGCUGAGCAGCUCGUCAGCAAUGGCAUCCUGGUGGCCCGGGAGCUCUCCUGCUUGCAUGUUCGACUGGAAGAGACUGGGGACCAGAAGGAGUCAGAGAGCAGAGUUCAGCUUGUGGUUCCCGGGUCCUAUGAAGGUCCACAGGAGGCCUCAGUGGGCACUGCCGCCUCUUCCUGCUUCCACUACCCGGCCUGUUGGGAACAGGAGCUGAGUGUUCAUCUGCAGGAUGCCUCCCAGGAGCAACUGAAGGUACCCUUGAGAGCUCUGCCCUAUGGCCAAACAGUGAGACUCGUCUUCCCCACGUCCCAGGAGCCCCUGAUGAGGGUGGAGCUGAAAAAAGAAGAAGGACCGAGGGAGCUGGCCGUGCGGCUGGGCUGCGGGCCCUGUGUGGAGGAGCGCGCCUUCCUGGGCAGGAGGAAGCAGGUGGUGGCCAAGGCGCUGAAGCAGGCCCUGCAGCUCGAUGGAGACCUGCAGGAGGACGAGAUCCCAGUGGUAGCUAUUAUGGCCACCGGUGGUGGGAUCAGAGCGAUGACUUCCCUGUAUGGGCAGCUGGCCGCCCUGAAGGAGCUGGGCCUCUUGGAUUGCGUGUCCUAUAUCACAGGGGCCUCGGGAUCCACCUGGGCUUUGGCCAACCUCUAUGAGGACCCUGAGUGGUCUCAGAAGGACCUGGCAGGCCCCACCAAGCGGCUGAAGACCCAGGUGACCAAGAACAAGCUGGGCGUGCUGGCCCCCAGCCAGCUGCAGCGGUACCGGCAGGAGCUGGCUGAGCGGGCCCAGCAGGGCCACCCGACUUGCUUCACCAACCUGUGGGCCCUCAUCAACGAGGCCCUGCUGCAUGACGAGCCCCAUGACCACAAACUCUCGGACCAGCGGGAAGCUCUGAGUCGCGGUCAGAAUCCUCUGCCCAUCUACUGUGCCCUCAACACCAAGGAGAAGAACCUGACCACCUUUGAAUUUGGAGAGUGGUGCGAAUUUUCCCCCUACGAGGUUGGCUUUCCCAAGUAUGGUGCCUUCAUCCCCUCCGAGCUCUUUGGCUCUGACUUCUUCAUGGGGCGCCUGAUGAAGCGGCUUCCUGAGUCUCGCAUCUGCUUCCUUGAAGGUAUAUGGAGCAACCUGUAUGCAGCCAAUCUCCAGGACAGCUUAUAUUGGGCCUCCGAACCCGGCCAGUUCUGGGACCGCUGGGCGCAGCAUCAGGCCAGCCUGGACAAGGAGCAGGUUCCCCUUCUGAAGACAGAAGAGCCUCCCACGGUGACCGACAGGAUAGCUGGAUUUUUCACUGAUCUUCUGACAUGGCGGCCACUCGCCCAGGCCACCCACAAUUUUCUACGUGGCCUCCAUUUCCACAAGGACUAUUUCCAGCAUCCUCACUUCUCCACCUGGAAAGCCACCAAACUGGACGGGCUCCCCAACCAGCUGACACCUGCAGAGCCCCACCUUUGCCUGCUGGAUGUCGGCUACCUUAUCAAUACCAGCUGCCCGCCCCUCCUACGGCCCAUGCGGGAUGUGGACCUCAUCCUGUCGCUGGAUUACAACCUCCAUGGGGCCUUUCAGCAACUGCAGCUCCUGGGCCGGUUCUGCCAGGAGCAGGGGAUCCCGUUCCCGCCCAUCUCUCCCAGCCCCGAGGAACAGCGCCAGCCUCGGGAGUGCCACCUGUUCCUGGACCCUGACUGUCCUGAAGCCCCUGCUGUCCUGCACUUCCCCCUGGUCAACGACUCCUUCCAGGAGCACUCGGCCCCUGGCGUCCCCCGGACAGCUGAGGAGAAGAAGGCCGGGGAGGUGAACCUGUCUUCCUCCAACUCCCCCUACCACUACUCGAAGGUGACCUACAGCCAGGAGGACGUGGACAAGCUGCUCCAUCUGACACAUUACAACAUCUGCAACAACCGGGAGCGGCUCCUGGAGGCCUUGCGGGAGGCUGUGCAGCGGCGGAGGCAGCGCAAGCAGCACUGUCCCCAGUGA